UGACGUCACACCGCGAGAGCCAGCCGUGCCCCGUGACGUCACACCGCGAGAGCCAGCCGUGCCCCGUGACGUCACACCGCGAGAGCCAGCCGUGCCCCGUGACGUCACACGGCGAGAGCCACGCUCACACACUCGAAGAACAAGCCCACACACACGAUACCCGCCCCACACACCUCACACACGACUCUAGUUUGAACACACACAGACAGGAAAAUAUCACACGCACACCAGUAACGAUUACCGAAGUUUACUGUUGCGACAUGUGCGCUCACCUAUGCACGUCAAAACUUACUCUAAUCCGCCAUAUCAGAACACAUACUCACCCGGAGGGAAGAUACAGCGGAGCUUGUAAAGAAACAUUUCCUAGUGUCUUGUCACUGAAGAAGCAUCUAAGAUUGCACUCUACAGACAAACCCUACGUUUGUGAAGAAUGCAAUAAUCGAUUUUCAACUGAAAAAGAUUUGGAUACACAUAAUAGAAAGAAAUGUAACAGAGAAUUCACUAAAAAAAUAACUGUAGACCGCCGUGGAAAUAAACAUAGUGGAAUUAAAUCAUACAAAUGUCAAGUAUGUAACAAAAAAUUCACUCAAAAAAGAUAUUUAGUUGUUCAUGAAAGAAUCCAUAGUGGAAUACGAGUAAAACCUUACAAGUGUAAAGAAUGUAACAAAGAAUUCACGGAAAAAAAAAGUUUAGUUGAUCAUGAAAGAAUCCAUAGUGGAAUAAAACCAUUCAAAUGUAAAGAUUGCAACAAAGAAUUCACUCUAAAAAGAUGUUUAGUUGUUCAUGAAAGAAUCCAUAGUAGAAUAAAACCAUAUAAAUGUAAGGAAUGUAACAAAGAUUUCGCUCAAAAAAAUAGUUUAGAUCUUCAUGAAAGCAUCCAUAGUGGAAUAAAACCAUAUAAAUGUAGGGAAUGUAACAAAGAUUUCGCUCAAAAACAAAGUUUAGAUCGUCAUGAAAGAAUCCAUAGUGGAAUAAAACCAUAUAAAUAUAGGGAAUGUAACAAAGCAUUCACUCAAAACAGAUAUUUAGAUGAUCAUGAAAGAAUCCAUAGUGGAAUAAAACCAUACAAGUGUAAAGAAUGUAACAAAGAAUACACAGAAAAAAAAAGUUUAGUUGAUCAUGAAAGAAUCCAUAGUGGAAUCAAACCAUUCAAAUGUAAAGAUUGCAACAAAGAAUUCGCUCUAAAAAGAUGUUUAGUUGUUCAUGAAAGAAACCAUAGUGGAAUAAAACCAUAUAAAUGUAAGGAAUGUAACAAAGAUUUCGCUCAAAAACAACAUUUAGAUCGUCAUGAAAGAAUCCAUAGUGGAAUACGAGUAAAACCUUACAAGUGUAAAGAAUGUAACAAAGAAUUCACGGAAAAAAAAAGUUUAGUUGAUCAUGAAAGAAUCCAUAGUGGAAUAAAACCAUUCAAAUGUAAAGAUUGCAACAAAGAAUUCACUCGAAAAAGAUGUUUAGUUGUUCAUGAAAGAAUCCAUAGUGGAAUAAAACCAUAUAAAUGUAAGGAAUGUAACAAAGAUUUCGCUCAAAAACAAAGUUUAGAUCGUCAUGAAAGAAUCCAUAGUGGAAUACGAGUAAAACCUUACAAGUGUAAAGAAUGUAACAAAGAAUUCACGGAAAAAAAAAGUUUAGUUGAUCAUGAAAGAAUCCAUAGUGGAAUAAAACCAUUCAAAUGUAAAGAUUGCAACAAAGAAUUCACUCGAAAAAGUUGUUUAGUUGUUCAUGAAAGAAUCCAUAGUGGAAUAAAACCAUAUAAAUGUAAGGAAUGUAACAAAGAUUUCACUCUUAAACAACAGUUACACAUUCAUGAACGAAAACAUAGUAGAAUGUAAGCAUGCAAAUGUAGCGUUUAGUCUGUUUUCGUAAUUGAUGUAACAAUAAACAUUCUUUAAAUAUCCAUAAAUGAAACCACGGUGGAAUGAAACCAUACACAUGUAAAGCAUGUAACAAAGUAUUCAUUUAAUGGUUAUUUAGAUGUAAAAAUGGAUGUGAACUGGAUGGUAGGUUAAUAUUGUAAUAAAAAACUUUUUAAGUCAGACAUUGUUUUGUUUAAAAAAAUUUAUCAAUAAAAUUUCAAUUUUAGUAUUUACAAUUUCGUAAAAAAUAUCACAUGAAAGUCUACCUAGACUUUCGCGUGGAAUGUAAUAUCGGGCGGUUUCUUUUUAUUAUCUGUUGUGUUAUAUCAUCCAUUUUCUGCACAAACAAAUUUUUUUUUGGGAAUUGUUUUUAGAACGACAUGACAUUGAGUACUGAAAAUGAAAAAAGAAAAAUGCUUUAUUUAGGUAUCACAGUUGGUGUUGUCCUACCCUUCAAAAUACUUUAUAAAUUAUGUUAAUAUGUUUCUUCUCAAGUGUUAUUUUAUUCGUUAGUUUUUUUUUGUAAUGGCUAUUGUUUUUUUUUAUAAUUGAUUUUGAUUGUUUAUUUUAUUUCUUCUUUUGUUUUUUUCUUAAUUGUUUUAUGUGUCGUUGGCGUACGUGCCGCCAUUAAACCUAGAUGUAGUCAGGUCCUCACAGAAGAGAACCAGCGCUGCGGGUUGCCGUGGCAUCAUGCUGACUGCUGAGUGAGGAUCCUGUUUAGCGUCCAUUGUAUGUUUUGUUUGCGUGCCUUCUUUUUGUGUGUACUAUGUUGUGACGUUAAAUAAAUGAAUUCUAUUCUAUUCUAUCAAAGUGUCAGCUUAUUACAUUUUACAUGAGAUGUAUGUUAUUGCUUAAAGUAUGGAGUUAAUGUCAAAUAGCCUUGGUACAGUGUCCUGAGCCCUAAACUAGGUUAGCCUGUCAUAAUUAUAGGGAUCGGGGAGUAAACCACCGCUAUUAUUACCAAUGUUACAAAGGUUGAUUGUUUCUAAAAGUACCGCGACGGCCGUUUGGAUACAAUCACACAAGUGCUGCAAAAUGGCGCACUUGGAUGUUCGGAUACACUAUCUGGUGUUAUUAAUUAA